AUGGAGGAGUUCGAAGCGGCAAACGAGACUGCUGACGCUCUUGCUCAGAAAUUUGCCUCGGAAAAAAAUGACAUCGUUUGCGGUUUUCUCAAGGAAAAAGAAAUCAUCGGAAUGAUGCAUCAAGAAGAAGUGAAUGAGCUGGUUGAAAAGUUUGAGCAGGAAAAAGAAAGCAUGCGAAAUGAAUUUGAACUGGAAAAGAAAGACCUGUUGCAAGGAUUUCAUUCACAGCAGGUGGAAAAGAUAAACGAAUUUGAACGAGAGCAGGAAAGUUUGAAAGCCAAACACGCAAACGAGUAUCAUUUAAAAGAAAGGAAAAUUGAAAUAAAGUUCAAGGAAGAGAAGUCUAAAAUGAGACGCGAAUUUGAAGAUGUCAUCGCAGAUAAAAACGAAGAAAUAAAAAUGCUGCGACGAGAUUUCUUGCGAAUGCAGAAGAACGGAGACGGCUUUACUCGAACCUCGCCAGACUGCGAUGUUUACAUUAAACGAAUAGAGCAUGAAAAUGAGUUGAAACGAGCCAGGGAAGAAUUUGACGAUGAAAAAUUAGAAUUAGAGAGGAAAUCUGACCGAGAAAAGGCAGAACUAGUGCAAGUUUUUACGAAUCAGACCGAACGAACGAAUAGUUACUUUCAGGAGGAGAGGCAGAGAAUCCAAGAAGAUCACCAAAAGGAAUUACAGUUUAAGCUAGAGGUUACCGAAAGGUUGCUUUCUGAGAAAUUUGACCUUGAAAAGACAAGAAUGAUUCAACAAUUUAAGCGCGAGAUAGGAGAGAUGCAGGAGAGUUUAGAGAUCGGUUGUAACGAGAAGCUCCUUGAAAAGGAAGAAACCAUUGAUGAGCUUGAAAAAGAGAAAAGAGAUUUGCUGAAUGCACUGCAAAUCGAAAGAUUUAGUUUAGCUCAUGUCUAUAAUCGUGAACUAUCUUUGCUUACUAAACCAGAUCGGCCGACCAAAGAGGACGUGGAAGUCGCUCUCAUCGACGAAAUUGCCAAACUGAAACAAGAACAUGGUGAAGCGUUGACUGAAAUGGAUAGACAACACAAGCAGAAGAUAGAAGUAAUUAAAAGGGGCCAGCAACCUAUCAAAGAAUUAGAAAACAAACAUCGAAAGGAGAUCGAGAACCUUAAAAAGCAAUUUGAAAGUGAGAAGGAGAGUUUGGAGGAAGAAUUCAGAAAAGAGCAGUUCAAUUUGUUAAAGAGUUUUGAAUUCGAACGGAAUGACCUUGAACAGCGAUAUAAAGAGAUGAUAAAUGAAAAGCAAAUGGAAAUUCAACAAAGGGAAGACGAAAUGCGAAACAUGUACGAGGGAGAACUUGAUGGACUCAAGAAAAUUGUCGAGGAUCAGAGAAAAGAACUGGAAGUCUCCAAGCAGAAACUGGAAGAUUUGGCCGGUGAGAUGGAGGAGUUUGCCAGCGAAAAGAAUAGAAUGGAAGAAAAAUUUUACAAGGAAAAUAAUCAGUGUCAAAACCUGGAGCAAAAUAUGCAAAUCAAUCUGCAAGCAUUCGAGAAAAACAUGAAGGACGCUGAAGCACUGCAUCAUCGGGAACUUUCUGCGAAAAUGGAAGAAUUUGCAAAGGAGAAAGAUGAACUGAGGAAAAACAGUGAGAAUGAAAAGGCAAAUUUACAAAAGGAAAUCGAAAUUCUUAAGGGAAGGCUGGAAGAAAUCCAAAAAACACCAGAACGCUCUAUUGUUGCCACCAGUCAGAGCGUUCUAGAAAAUGACUUCGUUGAGAUCGACGCAGGUGAUAUCGCAUGCAGCUACGCAACUGGGAGCAAUGAGUCUAACGCAGUAGAAAACAAAAAACCAUUAGGAGAAAAGAAGGAAGAAGAAGGCAAAUUCGAAGGGAAGGAAAACGAUGUACACUUUUUGGAAAAGACAGAAAUUAAAGAGGAGGAGAGACCACAGAGCGUCCAACAAAAAGAUAUAAGCAAAGAUAUUCAGCAAAUCCAAGAAAGAUUGAGGAAAUGUCUUACUGAUAAAGAAAAAGAGGAUACUUUGGAACAACUUGGCAAAUGCAAUAAGCAGCUAAAGGAAGCAAUCAAUCAGGCAAUCUUGGAAAUGGACAAGCUUUGCGAUAACAAAGUUGAAUGCAAUGAUGUGAUCCAAAUCAGAUCACAGACAGCAGUUUCUCUCUCCGAUCACCUUCUUGCUCUGGAUGAUAUUCUGACCGAUGAAGGAACAGAUGGAAAAAGUGACAAUUCUGGUAACUACCAGUUAAAAGAAAAGAUUAAAGCGGUGUUGAAUAAUGCACACAUAUCACAUGAAGUUGAAAAAUUACAGCUACAAGAAAGACACCAAGAAGAAAUCAGCGAAUUACUGAAGGAACUGGCAGAUGAAAAGACAGUAAGGGUCCAAGAGGCACAGCUGGCACUGAGAUAUCUACAAGAGCAAGACAAAAGUGAAGUCCAAACCUCGGAUUAUGUAACGUUUAAGGUCACUGAGGAAAAAGGAACAUUAACAGAUGACCUUGAGAUCAGGCACGAGAAAAUCAGUCAUGAUAGCACGAAAAGAACCAAUAGUGAGAAAAGUACACAUUCUUCCUCAAGCAUGGUGGAAGAGUUUAGGCAAGAGAACGAAGAAAUGAAACGAUCAAUCGAAGAACUGGAAAGGCAUUUCAAAACUGAAAAGGAGGAACUUAUGGAAAAACUACAUACACAGCAUAAGGAAUUUGUGAUGAGCGCUGACGGGGAGAUUAUUGAAAAUCUCCUAAGGCAGAAGUCUACUUUGGAGGAAGCUUUCAAUCUUGAAAGAUUCUACUUGGGCAGGCUUUACCACUUGGAAAUGAAGGAUGAAUUGGAACGUUCUCUUAAUCGAAAGGCAGAGAAAAUGAAAAAGGAUCAUGAUCGUGACAAGAUGGACAUUAUCCUGAAAUACGAAAGAGACAUUGCAGAUUUGCACAGUUUGCUGACGGAAAAGAGUGACAUGGAGCUAAGAUUGUUGCAAGAAAAAAAUGACGCAAUGAAGAAACUCCUCGCCACCCAGAAAAGAAGUACUCCUGAAAGGAGUAAAGCUGAAAAGGGACAGAAAGAGCAAGAUCGACUUGAAAGAGAGAAAGGAAACCUGAACCUUACAAUUCCACUGAAGAAAGAAAUAGCUGAUUUACAGAACAAAAGGCAAAAAGAACAUGAAACAGCCGUUGCCAAUCUCAAAAAUGCCAUUGAUUUAAUAAAAGAAAUGUCCAACACGCAGUCAAUCUCAGAAAAGGAAGAGAAACAAAACGACCAACAGCGAUUUCCUAGUGAAGACUCCCCGCGCUUAGUGGUAUCAUCGACCAUAGGGAAAGCGAACGACAGAAAUGGUAAACGACUUGUGGUAUCCCAGGGUGAGAUUUGCAAUAGAGAAGAGUUAAGGGCUGCCCUGGAGAACCUUGUCGAAUUAGUUCUCAACGACGAAGAGGAUUCCGUUUACGAUUCUGAAUCAACUUCUGGUGCGAGCUCAGAUUUAGAGUCCGAGGAUUCUGGUCCGACAGCUGCAAAAGAAGAAAGCGACGAGGGAGCGUAUUCUGAGCCUGAGUCAACAGAAGGUGACACAUUAAACAUUAAGAAAGCUCACCUAGAUUUUGCCUUUAAUCUCGAGAGAUUCAAUCUGAGCAGAGUAUACUAUGGAGAAUACAGAGACAGUUUAAAGAAAGUAAUGAGAAAAUUAGCUAAAGCUAAAGACUCGCUUCGCGAUAAACGAAACGAUCUAGAGAAUGAGAUGCUGAGUGGCAUCAAGCAAUUAGUUGACAGAACUCAGUUUGGUAAGGACGGAGUCCUAAUAUCCAAACGGAACAUUGAAACACAGACAUUUGAUAUACAUAACACACCAAGUGCUAAUCAAGAGAACUGGUCAGAGCAAGAUAAUGAAGGCGAAUGUCCCCUAGAAACUGAGAAGAGACUCAAUAGGUCGUCCACCACGAGGGGCGAUAAUGAGGCAUCAGAGCUCCCCCAUGGAGAUUUGAAAGGGGAGGAACAAGAAGACGCCAAAAGAAAGAUCAAUGACGAGAGGGACGCUCCAGGAGAAACAUCUGAUGAAAGUGAAGAACAGCUGCACCAUAGCUUGAAAGACGAAAAACUAGAUACAGGUAUUCCUCAAGAGGAGAUUAAUCAGGGUGACGAUAACAACCACGAGGAUUCUCUUCAAAACAGCAAUAUUAAAAAGGACGACUCGGACGACGCGGACAAGAGGUCAGGGUUGCCAGCUAAACGUCAGGAUGACGGCUCUCCAAAAAAGCCUCACCGCAACGAGGGAGCAAAAGAAGAGGAGGCUUUCAGAGAAAAUGAAGAUGAAAAUGAAGAUCAAGAAAAAGAGCAAAAACCCGAAACAGAAAACUCAGUGGAUAGGGAGGAGGAAUUAGGAAACAAUGAAUCUAUUCGUAGCAGCGAAACGUGUGGCGAAAUAAACAACAAAGAUAAAGAUAAACAACAAUCUGAAGCACAAGCUGUCGAUGAAGACAGUAUCCCGAUGUCAGAGCAUUUCGAUGACACUAAAGAGGAAGACUCGGGAGAUAAUCAGACAGAGAACGAAAAUGGGUCGUCUCAAAUGGAUGGAGAUUCAAAAGGAGACAGGAGUGAAAAAAAUGCUCCUGGUAAUAUGAAAGAUGAAGGAACAACAGAGGAAGAAGCAUGCGAAGAAAGAGAUGGGACCGAUCCUAAAGUUUUGGCAAGCGAGGAGAAAGCUUGUAUUUUCAAGAAAGAUGCAGCAUGCCAAACUCUCGAUGAAAACGACGCGGUUACUACUGGCCAUGAAAUGGAAAAUAAAGAAGGUGAAGGAGGAACUCAUUCGGAGGAACGCUCACCUAGUCCUGAAGAAGCAAACCCAACAAUUCCACCCUCUCUUGAGUCAGGCGAAGAAGGUGACAGCCUACAGAGAAAUAAGGACGACAAAAACUCGGAGAAACCCAGUAGCGAGAACAUAGUUGAUUUUUCGGGAGAUGUCAACCAUACUGACUCCUGCGAUGCACAAUCCCGAACAGCAGACAAAGCUGUGGACGAUAGGUUAGAAUUGCAACGAAGCAAAUCUCCAGUUGACGACAAAGAUCUCAUAAGGCAGCUGGAUACAAGCAACAAAAUGCUACAUGAUAAAUUCAGUUUGCUUUGUGAAUUAGUAGGGAAAGAAUUUGUCGAAGAAAUUCCAGAACUUAAGAACGGGAAAGUAGAAGGUAAAGAUCUAUUACAAAAUAUGAAUGAUCUGUACGUGGAGAACGAACAACUUACAGAUGAACUGAAACAAGUCGAUGAUCAGAUAAGAGAACUUGCUGCAACAGGAAGUGAUUGGUCAGCAGAUCUUAACAAGCAACUGGAAAACGAGGAAAUUGAAGUGUUGCGCUCACUGGGAGAAAUUGAAAAAUGUUUAAGAAGGAAUGAUGAUAGAGAGCUAACCGAGCAUCUUCUGAAAGAAAAAGAGAACGUCUGUACAAAACUUGAUGAGAUUAGCAAUCUGUUAAAUGAACAGAAAGAAGCAAUGGUGGAGUUAGGAAGCAAGGAGGACAAGACGAUCUCUGGUCUCAUGUGUAAGAUGGAUGUUUUAAAAGAUGAUCUUAAUGAGAAAGCACAACAACUUACAUAUAAAAGCAAGAUGCUAGAGGCAGCAAAGAAGGCGUCGGGAGAAGAAAACGAAGACUAUCAGAAAUCUUUGACUAGUCUGAAACUUCAGCUCGCAGCUUUAGAGGAAGGCAUUCCCGAAACCAAGAACAAUGGGUAUCCUGAAAGACAGAGUAAUGACGAAUUUCCGACUGAAAUGAUGUCACUUGUUAGAAGUAAUGCAGACACAGAAAAGAAGAGAGAAAAGCUUGAGAAGGAAAUAAAAAGGACAGAAAAUGAGAUUGAGAGAUGUAGCAGAAUGCUAGGAAAGAGGGUCAACAGAUUGAGGCCCUUUAAGAGAAAACUAGCACGAAUCAGGAACUCUCUUGAUUUAAUGAGCUUGCUACCAGGUAACGAGAGCGAAGACGUACCAAAAGAUCCGACGGAUCAUGUCGAUGACCUUGUACACAUUGACUCUAAGCACCUUUUGGUGGAUGAGAAACGACCUUUCGAUGAAGCCGAAGGUAUUAGAGAAAAAAAGGUAGAAAUAAAGACUGAGAGUGAAGAACUGGACUUGGCAAAUAAUAAAAUUGACUUGCCAUAUGAGCUUAAACAGGAACUUACCAAUAAUAUCACGACAGUUGAGAAAGUGGGCGUCGCUCAACGCUAUAAGGUCGCAGCUGAAGAGGAAUUACAAUGCCUGAAAGAAAAAAUCAAUGAAGAAGAAAGUAAACUGAGAGAGGCGGGCUUCAGCGAUCCAAUACAAAUUAUUCAGGCUUUGGAGGAAAAAGAAAAGUUAUCAAGAGAUAAAGUCAAGCUGGAUCAAUUGCUUAAGAAUAACUCAAUUCGUGUGGAUGAACACAACCCCGAAGUUAAACAGCUAGAGGUCCUCCUCUUGAAGAGAGAAAGUCUGAUGGAAAAGAUUCAUGCUCUAGAUGGUGAUAUUUUUCAAGAACAGCAAAAUUUCAUUAAUGCAAUGCAGUUCAAGAAGAAUGGGAAGAUAAAUAGAGAAUCAGACUCUAAUAUCAAGGGGCUUAUAGAGAGUAAAGAAAAUUUAAUUUCAGAACUCAAGGGUACCAAUGAGAAGAUAUUGCAGUGUCUCAGCACAGGCGGUCUAAGAGGACCACAAUCGGAAUUCAUAGAAGAGCUUGUUGAAAAAAAGGUUAAACUUGAAGACGAGAUAGAUAAACUUCAAGAUGCGAUAGACGAUGAAACAGCACGGGCAUCUGAGAUGUUGGUUGAUCUUCUUAAACAGAAAGCUGGAGUUGCCAGAGAUUUGAGAAUUGAUACAGAACAUGCUACGGACGUGGUACAGGGUUUACAAGAAAUAAUUGCUGAUCAUACCAACAAAAAAAAUGACGAGAGUAUUUCUGACGAAAUCCAAACAUUCGUUAUGGAAGCACGUUUAAUUCUUAGUGCAGAGGCAACACCGAUGGUCAAUGAGGAGAGAGAGGAACUGCGCCAAAAACAACAAUUGAUGGAAAACCUUGUCAAAGGAGAAGCUGAAAACCUUACAGAGGCAAAACGAAAGGGGCAAGAUCUUACUGAGAUCGAACAUGCUCUUAAACAUAUAAUUGAAGAGAAGUUACCUGUAGAUUCACGACUUAUGGGGAUGGAUGAACUCGAUGCUAAAGAGGAUAGAUUUAAGUUACCUUCUAAACUGAGAAAACAGAAUGAGAAACAAGCAGAUGCUGAACAGCGAGUAAAAUGCCGAGAUGAUGAUAGCAACACUUCAAGGCUGCCGACCAUUGAUGAUGCACUGUUAGAAAAACCCAUUCAAGAGACCCAUGAAGGGCAGAACGAAAGAGGUGAAACAGAAGUACCUUUGUCUACAGUUGGUGAGAAAUGCGAGAAAGAGAUGGGCACUGGUAAAAUAGAACUGGGUGAAGAAAUCGAGGAAAAGCGAAGAGAACUAGAAGAAAGCCUUUCUCAAAUAGACAAUCGCCUCGAAGUCAUAUUGCUAGGUUGUGACCCUUCGAAUGAGCCCCAAACGGUUGUUCUUGAAGGAAUAACAACUCUGAUUGCCAAAAAGGCUAAGCUACAAGAAGACCUUAAACAAACUCAACGUUUUGAAGAUUUCCUGAAGCAAAUGGAAUUUUCCUCUGGGGAACAGUGCUCUGGCCCUGAAGCAAACAAAGACCGCCAUCAAAGAAAAAUACAGCUUGAAAGCGAUCUUAAAAAGCUGAAUGAUAUGAUUGAUCGUAGAGAAAGGAAAAUUGGAAAGAUAGAAGCGAAAAAAGACUCUAAGGAGGAACAAUUGAAGAAAUUAAGGCGCGAAAUAGGGGAAUUAGAUGAAAUAAUGAAACCUUUGAAGGAAAGGCUUAGAACUGCAAAGACAGAAGUAAAAGCUGCUUUAGAGGAAACGCAAGCUAACAUAAGUGAACAAGAGAAGCUCUCUGGCGAAGAACAGGUGGCACUACACCAAGAAUUGGACGUUUUACAGAAUGAGAUCGAACAAGGCAACCAGAAGUUACAAGAAGUAGAGGGACAAUUAGAUUUUCUCAAGAAAGAGGUCAAUGAAAGUAAUGAUUCCAUUCACGCGGACAUUCUUGACCUUAAAAAGUUGCUAGUUGAAAAAGAGGAUUUAAGAGAUUAUUUGGCCGAAAUCGAUAGAACUCUUGAAAAUGACUACGAGAGCGAUUCGGAUGGACAGGAACGCCCAACCGAUAUUGAGGAACUUCGCGAAAAAAGAAAGGAACAAAAACGCCAUUUGGAUGAUUUGCAAAACAAAAAGGCAAAUUUACACGUAGAAUUCGAAGACGAGGAAAUGAACGAAGUCAUGGAAGAUUUAAAACAGCAAAGGAGGGAACUUGAAGAACGAAAAGAGCAAAUCUCUGACAAAAUACGCGGAUCAGGGAUAUUGAGCAAAUUAGCUGAAAAACUAGGGAAAAAUAGGAACUCAAUACCGCGCUAUUACAAUCACGAUAUUUUGGAAGAAAUGGCAAGAGAUGAAAAGACGCUAACAGAGCUGAUGAAAGAACGGCAGGAUUCAAAACUGGCUGCUCAAAGACAUAGCGAGAAUUUGAAAAAUAUGAUGGAUUUGCUGAGUUCUAAAAUUGGUGAAAGUCUUGUCAAUUCCCUCGCAACAGUUGAUCUUGAAGGAUACAAGCCGGAGGAUGAAAAUCAACACCAAGCAGUGAUCGACGAGAUACAAGCUAACGGGGUAACAAUCAGUGACAUACUCACUGAUAUGAACGAAGAAAAUCAACAACUCAGCGAUAUGAAUGGCGAACUUAAUUCAGAUUUGGAAACACUUAAAGAUAUGAUUGGUGAGGAGCUACUCGAUGUAUUGUUAAGUGAAAGACUACCAAGUGAAGCGGCAGAAUUUGAAGACGUUGUUGACGCGGUGCGGAACCGAGGAGAGACUUUGGAAAGUAUAUUGCGCGAUCAGAGAGGCAAAGAAGAAUUAGUUGGGGACAUGCUUGGUAACGACCUGUUACGUGAUAUCUUGAGUAUGGAAGACAAACCACACAUUAGACAGAGACCCAAUCCUCCUUCGAACAUUUCAGCUAUUACAAUCAUGAGAAAUUAUGGCGAGGAUCUUGAAAAUGUAAUCGGGGUGUACGAAAAAGAGCUGGAUAAUCUAUCCCAAGAAAAUAGCUUACUGAAGGAGAGACUGGGAAAAGAUCUUUCUAGAGCUCUCCUGCAAAUGGGUAAAACAAGUGAGACGCCUAUUAGUAUCAAAGAUACCGAACAGGAAAUGCCACCUGGGGUUCAAGACGUGAAAAGUGCGAGAGGGGAAGAGCUUGAACAGAAGACAUUGGUUGUAGAAAGUGAGUAUAGUAGUCUGGAAGAUGCAGAUACUGAUAUCACUGCUCUUGAAGAUACCGAAAGUGAAAUCAAAAAGAAAGGAAAAAAGAGAAGAAGAAGGAAGACGAAAGGGAAAGCUGGAUUUCAUGGUGCUCCUAAAAACGAGACUCUAGAAAAUAAAGACCACAAGAGUCAAACAAAUGCAAGCUUUUCUGAGGAAAUCCUGAAUGGAGAUAAAUAUAUAUUGGAAGAUACAGAACAAGAUAAAAGAUCAAGUAUUGAGCCAAAUGAUUUACCACCAGUACUAGAUAACAUUUUUGCAUCGCUUUUCGAUUCUUCAGCCGAUAGACACGUUCUUGAUUUGGCUUUCGAGGAAGAAGAAAUAAUAGAACAACCACUCAAUGCACCGCUUAUAAUGAGAGCUAGUGGGAAAACACUCGAAGACGUCAUAGCUCAGUACGAAAGAACUCUUGAAAAACCAGUAGAGGAAAUAGGAGAGCAUGAAGCGAGGAUGGGAGCAGAAUCGCCAACAAGAGUGAAUGAAGCCAGAAUAGAAGGGUCAGACGACAUUAGUGUGACGAACGAAACAGUGGAGGGUAUCGUUGACGCUCAGAAGAAAAACAUGGAAAUGCUAAAUAUCCUGAGGGAAAGGCUUGGAACAGAUCUUGUUAAUGCCUUGAUAGAUGAUAAAGAAGGAGAUCACCUAGAUGAUCUUAUGAACGAUGAAGUUGAAGUAAACAACAUUGAGAUGCAUCAACAACAAUCUGAAAUCACCGACCAACAACAAGACGACAGAAAGCCUCAAAGCGACGAAGCAGUAUUCUUACAAGAGGAAAGAAUCACGGACGUAAAGGGUGAUAAGGGAAUCGCAUCACAGAAAAACCAACCAGGGGAUGAUACCUCAAACAAGAAGGUUCUGAGGGCACCUAAUAUUGCAUUGGAGAGUCAGAAAACUCUUGCUGAUGUUAUAGCAUCUUAUGAAGAUGGACUGGACUCUUUGCGGUCUAAACUAGGACCAUCCUUGACAAACACUUUACUAGGUUUGGAAACACUGAGUACUAAGGAAAGACGCGAGAGUGGCGACCAAGAAGGGGCGAAAGUACCUCAAAUAGGUCUUGCAUAUGAAGAAAUGGACAAAGAGAGAGAAGACAAACCACAGGACGAAGACCUUCCAAAAGAAAAUGAUGUCGCACUAUCAGACCGAGGACCUGUACUAUUUAGCACUGAGGGAGUAAACAGUCUGGAAAAAGAAUUACGAGCACCUGAGCUAAUGGCAACGAGCGGAAAGACUCUUGAAGAGGUAAUAGAAGACUACGAAGACAGAAUUAAUGAAGAAAUUAGCGAACUUCAGAGCCUAGUUAGUUUGUUGAAAGAAAAACUUGGCAACGACCUUUAUCAUACUCUAGUUCCGCACUCGGGUUUCAGGGAUGAAGAGUCCUCAGGAAAAGACGAAACAGAUCAAGGAUUCCCGUACGAACGCGAUCCAAAAUCCCUUGAAAUAAAAAGUGGUGAAUGUGAAUAUGAUUUAAAAUUAAAAUCUUUGCUACAGGACGACGGUGAAACCGUGGAGAAUAUCUUAAGAAAGUACGAAAAACAGAUAGACGAACUUUCGAACCUAGUUACUGAUGAGAAUGAUGAGGGUGUCUCAAUUUUACCAGUGAUAUCAAAUGACGAAGACAGGAUGUCAGAUCUGGAAAAAGAAAACAAGGCAUUUGCAGAUCGCUUUGCUGGUCUAGGGAAAGUGAUAGGGAGAAAUCUUCUGCACAAGUUGGAAAAUUUGGAAAACGAAAAUGGUCAAAAGAAAGAGGAAAUUGCUGAAAUAGAUCUGGAAGAUGACAUUAAGGCACCAAUAAUGAUGCAAAGGAAUGAUCAAACGCUUGAGAAGAUAGUAAAAAAUUACGAGAAGGAACUGGAAGCUUUGAGAAAACUAUAUUCAAACCAAGGCGAAGAUACUUGUGUGGAAGACAUUGUAAGAGACUAUGAAGAAAAAAUCGAUGAUCUUAAAAGCAAAAACAAGGAUGUCCACGAUAAUUACGACAUACUGGCUAACAGAGUUGGUACUGACCUAGUACAAGAUAUUUUGGCCUCAUUGCCUGAUGAGAAUCUUAAAUCCGAGAACGAAAUGGUUAAAGGAAACAACGCCAGUCAACUAAAUGCACCACUUAUCAUGAAAAGAGAUGUCGAUUCAUCUCUACAAGACGUUUUGGAAUUAUAUGAGAAAGCUUUAGGACUCUUUCCGAGCUCUCCAAAUGACGAGAACUUUGUUAAUGUCAAGAUGCGUACAUUUGAUGACCUUAAGAGAGAAAAUGAGAUUUUAAAAAGAGCAAUCGGAGAUCAGAAGGCCACGGACCUGAUCCUAACGGCCAAAGAAGAAACUCAAGCCACGCCUAUCACGAAACUUAAGCCCUGA